AUGCGAUCCCUUCGAUUUCAUAGCUUUACUACCGUUGUUGGUUUGGCACGGCUACAAUCUAGCGGGGGUAAUGGACGGUAUCCUCCUCGUGAACAACAACAACAACAACAUCAACGGUUUGGCAGGCCUCGUGAUGGUCGUCCUACGAGAGGCGGUCAUUCACAGUCUUUUUCCCAAGGUGGUCCCCGAAAUACGUUAAACGAACCUCAAUUGGUGGCAAGACUCCUUGAGCUUUAUCCAAGUGGUAAAUCUUGGUUCCCUGUAAACAAGUGGGCAUCUUCUAUACCCGAGGAUAUUCAAGAAGCCUUGGUACCAUAUGGUGGUUUGGCGCAUUUUGCAGUAUCGCAGAGUAAUUUUUUCAUUGUACGCAAGGAGAAUGGAACGCCAGUUGUCUCACUAUCUACGAUGGCUUCUUCAUUGUGUGCAGAACGGGAAAAGAAUAUUAAGAAACGUGCGGAGAAAGCCGCUGCGUUUUCGUCGCGUCGUCAAGAUGAUUCAAGAUUUCAGAGGUGA